CCCCCCCACCCGACCCUGCUGCACCCCAACCCCCCAAAAUGAGGAAACGGAGCAACUUGCUCCAAGUUCUACAGCCAGGGCCGCCUCGGGGUGCGCGGCCCGGGGGCGCCCCCUAAGCAGGUGGACAUGCCGCUGUGCGCCCCGUUCCCCGGGUCCACGCCCGCCCCGUGUGUUUCUGUGUGUGUUCGUGUGUACAUGGAGCGUGUGCGUGCGAGCCCUCUCUUCCUCCGCCCCUGGCCCCUCGUGCCCAUCUCUGCCAGGAUGCCCACAAGGCGCUGGGCCCCGGGUACCCAGUGCAUCACCAAAUGCGAACACACGCGCCCCAAGCCCGGGGAGCUGGCCUUCCGCAAGGGCGACGUGGUCACCAUCUUGGAGGCCUGCGAGAGCAAGAGCUGGUACCGCGCCAAGCACCACGACAGUGGGGAGGAGGGCCUGCUGGCCGCAGGGGCGCUGCGGGAGCGUGAGGCCCUCUCUGCGGACCCCAAACUCAGCCUCAUGCCGUGGUUCCACGGGAAGAUCUCGGGCCAGGAGGCUGUGAAGCUCUUGCAGCCCCCCGAAGAUGGGCUCUUCUUGCUGCGCGAGUCUGCACGACACCCUGGGGAUUACGUGUUGUGCGUCAGCUGCAGCCGUGACGUCAUCCACUACCGCGUGCAGCACCGCGAGGGCCGCCUGACCAUAGACGAGAGUGUCAGCUUUAGCAAUCUCAUGGACAUGGUGGAGCACUACAGCCGCGACCAGGGUGCCAUCUGCACCCGACUGGUGAAGCCCAAGAGGAAGCCAGGUGCCAAGUCGGCGGAGGAGGAGCUUGCCAAGGCUGGCUGGUUACUGAACCUGCAACAUUUGACACUGGGAUCACAAAUUGGAGAAGGGGAGUUCGGAGCUGUCCUGCAGGGAGAGUACUUGGGCCAGAAGGUAGCGGUGAAGAACAUCAAGUGCGACGUGACAGCCCAAGCCUUCCUGGAUGAGACCGCGGUCAUGACGAAGAUGCAGCAUAAGAACCUGGUGCGUCUCCUGGGGGUGAUCCUGCAUCAGGGGCUCUACAUCGUGAUGGAGCAUGUGAGCAAGGGUAACCUGGUGAACUUCCUGCGCACUCGGGGCCGUGCCCUGGUCAACACCCCGCAGCUUUUGCAGUUUUCCCUACACGUAGCCGAGGGCAUGGAGUACCUGGAGGGCAAGAAGCUGGUGCACAGGGACCUGGCCGCGCGCAACAUCCUGGUUUCCGAGGACCUGGUGGCCAAGGUCAGCGACUUCGGGCUGGCCAAAGCCGAGCGCAAGGGGCUGGACUCCAGCCGCCUGCCCAUCAAGUGGACUGCCCCGGAGGCUCUCAAACACGGGAAGUUCUCCAGCAAGUCGGAUGUCUGGAGUUUCGGGGUGCUGCUGUGGGAGGUCUUCUCCUACGGCCGGGCUCCCUAUCCCAAGAUGUCGCUGAAGGAGGUGUCGGAGGCCGUGGAGAAGGGGUACCGCAUGGAGCCCCCCGAGGGCUGCCCGGGGCCCGUGCACGCGCUCAUGGGCAGCUGCUGGGAAGCCGAGCCCGCGCGCCGGCCGCCCUUCCGCAAACUGGCCGAGAAGCUGGCCCGGGAGCUCCGCAGCGCGGGCGCCUCGGCCCCGGUGGUCGGCGGGGGGCCCGGCGGGAGCCCCGAGCCCGAGGACGCCGGCUCGCCCCGUGCCCAGGAGCCCUGAUGACGCGGGGGGCCGGGCGGAGCCUGAUAAAGACGGUUCGUGAGAA